AAAAAAUGGGAAAAAUAAAUUUCAAGAACAUAAACACAACAAAUUUUAGACUAAUUUAAAGGGAUUCCAAGUCAUCUACUUCACAAAACUGCGAUCACUGGCCAAUUGGAUUCAUAGGUUUCUCAAUCAAAGAAAAAAGGGGGGAAAUAAAUAGCAGCGAAACUGCCUUCAAUUAAUUCCACUGCCAAAUCAGAAUUUGCAGCAGUCGAAAUCAGUGAUGGCGGAGGUCAAGAAGAUGCGAAGCGAAGCGAGCACCAGCGGCGGCGGCGGGGGUGGUGAAAGAGGCGAAAGCGUGGUGGGCGAUGUUGGUCGCCGGAAAAGCACUUGUGGCUACUGCAAAUCUGGCGCGUACACCAGUGUUUCUCAUGGGCUUUGGGCGCAUAGUUUGACGGUUGACGACUAUCAAGCUCUCCUUGACAGAGGCUGGAGACGAUCUGGCUGUUUCCUGUACAAACCUGACAUGGAGAAAACAUGCUGCCCCUCAUAUACUAUUCGUCUCAAAGCUGGUGACUUUGUUCCUUCAAAAGAACAAGUUCGAGUGUCUAAAAAGAUGCAAAGGUUUUUAAAUCACACAUUAGAUGUGACCACAAGGUCCACAACAGACAAGCCAACUGAUGAGCUGAAGACUUCUGUGGCGUCAUGCAGCUCUGAACAUAAUAGUGAAAAAAACUCUACUACAAUUGACUCCUCCAAAGGUGAUGGCAAAGAUAGGGAUAAAACUGGUCAAUAUGUGCAUCUCUUGUCAGACCAGGUUGAUAAAACAGUAGACCUAUGUGUAAAAUGUGGGGAAUUACCUGCUAACAUACAGCUGCCAAAGGCUUCAGUAAAAAAAGUUACACCAGCUAAAAGAAAAUUGCAAGCAGAAAACUCAGAAGAACUGAUGUUCUCCUGCAAUGUUGCCUUCCAGAUCAUAGCUACUAUCCGACGAGUAAAGAAAGAUGCUGAGCAUGUGAAAUCAGUUGAACAUGGAUUUGGAGGAGACAAAGACUUCCCUGACCUUUCCCCUCAGAAGACUGCUGAAAUUUUGGCGAGCCACUUGAAUCAGCUUGCAGAAUCCCAUGGUUUGUCAGUUAGAGCUUGCAAUGGACACAUAAAUUUCUAUUCUGCUAUGAACCAGGUGGAUCUAGUGGAAGUUGGCAGAAGUACAGUCUCCAAAACUUCUCUCCCAGCUACUGGUGCUAAUGAUAGAAUUGUAAAGAAAAACUCUGGAGGAUGUGGCGGCCAAAAAAGGAGGAUUGAGAUACGGUUGAAUAGGUCUAGCUUUGAUAAGGAAGAAUACUAUUUGUACAGGAAAUAUCAACUUAAAGUGCAUAAUGACACACCUGAGCAUGUGACUGAAAGUUCAUACAAGAGAUUUUUGGUUGACACUCCUUUAGUAUAUGUUUCACCAAAUGAUGAUGGCUCGGUGCCCCCAUGUGGCUUUGGCUCUUUCCAUCAGCAGUAUGUGCUAGACGGGAAGCUAAUUGCAGUUGGAGUUAUUGAUAUAUUACCAAAGUGUUUGUCAAGCAAGUAUUUAUUUUGGGAUCCUGAUCUUGCAUUUCUAUCACUUGGCAAAUAUUCAGCUUUACAAGAAAUCAAAUGUGUUCAGGAGAACCAAGUACAUUGCCCCAUGCUUCAGUACUAUUAUCUUGGCUAUUAUAUUCACUCAUGCAGCAAGAUGAGGUACAAAGCUGCAUAUCGACCAUCUGAGCUCCUCUGUCCUCUUCGCUACCAGUGGGUUCCAUAUGAUAUCGCAAAGCCACUUCUGGAUAGAAAAAAGUAUGUGGUCUUAUCAGAUUAUGCCACAUUACGCAAUGAAGAUUUAUCGCCACUGAAUUUGACUGAUGGGCACAUGGAAGAGCAACCAAAUGAGUUUGACCAGGAGACCACAAAUGAUGUUUGUAUGCAUGAUGAUGAAAUGGCUGAACUUGACUCGGAUUCAUCUGAUGUUGAAUCAGACUCAGACGUUGGUGCCUCAGCCACCGCAGUCCCGGAAGAUGCUGACCUUGGCAAUAUUUUGAUUGGAAUAAGAGGACAUCGUCCCCGAUACAAGGACCUUCAACACGCAUUCGAUCCCAGUCAGAGGAAGUUCUUGGAAACCCAGUUAGAAAGAUAUGUGAAAGCUGUGGGUACCGAGCUCUCGAAGAAGAUGGUUUACACCGUAGGGUAGAUCUCUUGGUGAUCAACGGUUCGGAUUUUCGCGUAAUAAUCUGCCUUCUUGAGCCACACAGCUGGGAAUUCAUCUAUUGUUCCAGCAAAUAUGCUGAUCAUUUAGCUGUGCAUGAUUUUCAUCUGUUUACUCGUUAUAGUGGAAGUCGAAUUUCUGGUAUUACUUUCUCUACUUGCAGUUCAUGAAAUUAGGUGGUGCUGUAAUUAAUGGUUUUGUACAUUUGAAAUAUUUUUAUGAAUUCUAGACUGGUUUAA